GGGAAAUGGAAGUCGAAUUCGAGAAUCGAGACCAACGAAACCUCGAACAACAACACUGGCCGGCCACCAGCCUUCUAUCUCCAUGACGACCGCCGAUUACGCUGAAUAAGACCACAGGACUCGCGUCGCCGUCUGACGAGGCUUUCCAUUAUUCCCAUCCUCAAGUCUCGGUGCCCCCCCGACCGGACCUUUGAGACCAUCGCGACCUCGCCCCCCUCCCACGGUCAUCGCAUCGCCCACGGCACCACAACCACAACCACAACCUCCCCACAGUUAGUCGCAAAUACCGGCCAAUUGAUCGGUAAGAUGGCCAAAAAGAAAAAGUCUACCUCAGUCGAGGACAACGCCAGUGAGGUACAGUCGCCUGCUGUCCCCGCGACCCAAGAUCCCUCAAGUCGAAGUGGAAGUGGAAGUGGAAGUGGAAGUGGAAGCAACAAGACGGCAAAGACCAAGGCCCAGCCACAACAGCAACCGCCUCCGGUGCCGGCACUCAUCAUCUGUCGGAAUAAGCAUUGGCGCUAUAUCUCGUCCUUUCACGGCCCAUGGCUUCAGCUCCCUCCUGAGAUCCUCGAGACUCUGGCCAACUUGAACUAUAAUACCCCACGGCCGCGGCCCAUCGAUCCGUCCGUCUUCUUUGAUCUUGUCAAGAUCCGCCGCCUCGUCGACGAUGCUACGAAUCUGGCUGUUCGUGCCGCCAGUGGUGUCGCAACGGUCUCCCAGCACAGCAUGUCCGGUGGCCACCAUCAUGCGCUGGGACUGUUUGGACCUGGAGGGCAAACGAAGCUCAGUCGAGAAAGAAAACACCGAAUGAGAGAACAGGCGACUCAGAAGCUUUCCAAAGCCUAUCACCUAGAUGAAAUAGCGUCGAGUGUGGCUACAAUGCAAAGCGCCUCUCCCCUUGAGGAGGUGGCCUCGCUUGUGCUCCAGCGCAACCCCCAGGAUGCCGACGCCAAAUAUGUACACUUCUUCCACGAGAAAAUACCGAGCAGGCAGCUGGCCCAGUGCACCAACCUGGAUGCCCUGAGUGAAAUCAUAACAGAGAAAUCCACCCAGGGAGAGCCUCUAAGGACUCGCGCCACUGUGAGGACUUUCAAGGAGGACUUUGAGGGCGCCAUUGCGGACUUGACAGAAGCCCUCAGGAUACAUCGGGUUUACCGGUUACCACAAAAUGCUCCAAAGCACCACAAUCAUCCUCAAGCCCGACCUAGCGGACGGAAACAGGAGGAUGUGGUGCUCAAGGAGGAGGAGCAGCCUAAUAGCUUGGAAAUUCAGCUGUUGUUCCAACGCGCUGGUGUCUAUCUGACCAUUGCCUGUCAGCACGUCCAAGCUGCCUUCCCCUCUAAACCUGCCGAAACCAAAUCUGCUACAGGAAAAGCUGCGAAUGGUGAUAUAUAUGAGGAAGGCAAUAAGACCGGCUCACAGGUGACAGCACAGGCCAUACCCAUGUUAACAACUGCCGAGCAAGAGGCCGAGAAAAAGAUGAUGGAGGCGAGGAAACUCGUCCGUCACAACGCCAAGCGUGCGCUGAAAGACUACAUGAACUAUCUGUCGCACUUUGAGUAUUCGCCUGACCUACCCAUUGAGAUUGCCGAAGACUUUGCCCGGAAAGUCAACUACGCCGCUAAUGGGGUUCGUGUCCCUCGGUCAUUCUCCCAUGCUUCUCGUUCUGACUCUCCCGUGACCGGUGAAACUGACGAGAGCCAACCUACUCACCGCAUUUAUGCUCUCUCGGACCUUUUCGCGGCGUCCCCCCCGGCUGACCUGCCUCCAUAUCCUAGCACGGAGCUUACCCCAGUACGUACGCAGCAACAACAGCCCACAUUCGCUACCUUCCAGACAACAACAGAGACUCUCACUUAUCAUCCUCUCAUGAACGACGCAUUACACGCUCUUCUGCUCUGUCACUGUCUUAUCCAGACCUCAACCAAAGAGCUCCUUCGACACGCCUACAUGGUAGCACGACUGGCGCGCCUUGCCGAUGGUUACCCAAUCUUCCAAGCUAGUCGCUCACCAGCCCGCGCCGACUGGACAGAGGUUCUCCGAGCGUCCGGCAACCUCAUCCAGCUAGCCGGGACAUGGGAGGACCUCUGUGCCCCAGCACCUCUCCCACUUUUCCAGCCUUCAGGCCCCAGCGGCAGCGGAUCAGUACCGAUAGCGUUGCCAGGCCCCCUCAGACAAAACAAAACCCUUCUGCCACCUCUGACCGGGGGUCCGGCAGAAGCAGGAGCCAUCGUGCGUUCAACCUCCAGCAACGGUAGCACCGGCGGCGCCGAGGUCGAGAAGCAUCGCAAGGAACGUAUCCAACACCAAGCCAUCAUCGACGCCCUGGGCGAUGAUCGAAUCAAAGACGAAGCAUCUUUUCGCAUGGCCGUCAAAGCCCGUCAACUGCGUGCGGAAAACGAUUACAGGCUUGAUAACGCCGUGGCAGCCAUGGACGCCAAGCUCAUAGGUCGUGAUUUCGAGUCUCUUGCUUUGGAGGCACCACCGUCGCCAAAAGAUACCACUACCGCAACCAACGGAUCCAAACCUACGUCACAUCCCACCAACGGCUCAAGCUCAACCUCAACAGCACUACUAACCCGUACCACCUCAAGUAUCGCAAACGGCACGACAACGGCAAACGCAAACGGAGUCACCAAACCUCCUAACAACAACAUCACCGCCAACGGCAGCGGAAUAGUUCAAGCCCAAACCCAACCAGCACAGACACAAAACAUGCGCCGUUGGUCCGUCGACGACGGCAAAGAGUAUCCCAUCUCCACGGACCGAGCCUCGGCCAUUGCGCGCUGGGUGUUGGAGGCACCGCCUAAUGCUGGGCUGAGUACGGGUGCGGGAGGGGAUGGAACGGCUCGGAGGAAGAAGAAGAAGGUGGUUUCCAAGAAUAGAGCUGGCCCUGUGUUUGCCGUUGGGCUUGGGACUGGAGUUGGGGUUGCAGCCUCUGGGGAGGGUUGUACGGCUGAUGCGUAGGUAGUACUAGUUCCUGCUUAGGAACCAGAGGCACGAUCGGUUUUCUAUUUCUUCUGGUGGACCAAGUGAGUAUGCUCCUGGAGGCACCUAUAUCGAACAAUGGGAGCGAGUAGCUCUUCUACUAUUGGGCGGCGGCAUUGGUUAUGGGAUGUAGUAAUGUGUAGAGCUAGGUAGCGAAGAUGUAACAGCACA